AUGGCAGAUCUUGUUAGCUCCGGGAAUGCCAACCGUGACAUCGACCAGGCAAUAAUUGCUUUGAAGAAGGGUGCUCAACUACUGAAAUAUGGUCGUAAGGGAAAGCCUAAGUUUUGUCCAUUUAGACUUUCUACUGACGAAUCAUCUUUGAUCUGGAUUUCAAGUAGUGGUGAAAGAAGUUUGAAGUUAGCUUCCGUCUCAAGAAUCGUUCCUGGACAAAGAACUGCCGUCUUUCAACGAUAUCUGCGUCCUGAAAAGGACUAUUUAUCUUUUUCCCUUAUAUAUAAUAACGGAAAGCGAUCUCUUGAUCUGAUUUGCAAGGACAAAGUUGAGGCAGAAGUGUGGAUUGCAGGCCUCAAAGCAUUAAUAUCCUCUGGUAGAGGUGGGCGUUCCAAAAUUGAUGGAUGGAGUGAUGGAGGCCUCUACCUUGAUGAUGGCAGGGACUUGACAUCAAAUAGCCCUAGUGAUAGUUCUGUUAGUGGACCACGAGAUAGUGGCUCUCCAGAGAUCUCUGUCAGUUUCAAACCAAAUAUCUCGCCAAAGAGAUUUCCACCUGAAAAUUCUCCAGUUUCUGAGAGGUCACAUGCUGCAUCAGACCAGAUAAAUAUGCAAGUAAAAGGAUCUGGUUCAGAUGCAUUUCGAGUUAGUGUUUCAAGUGCUCCCAGCACUUCAAGUCAUGGUUCUGCGCCGGAUGACUGUGAAGCUCUAGGCGAUGUAUAUGUAUGGGGUGAGGAUAUUUGUGAUAGCGUUGUCAAGGUUGGGGCUGAUAAAAAUACAAAUUAUUUGAGCCCAAGAUCAGAUGUGCUUGUGCCUAGGCCAUUAGAGUCCAAUGUUGUUUUGGAUGUACACCAUAUAGCCUGUGGGGUCAGGCAUGCAGCCCUGGUCACGAGACAAGGUGAAGUGUUUACAUGGGGUGAAGAAUCUGGAGGACGACUUGGGCAUGGUGCUGGGAAGGAUGUUGUUCAACCUCGUCUAGUUGAAUCGCUGGCAGCUACUAGUGUUGAUUUUGCGGCAUGCGGACAAUUUCACACUUGUGCUGUUACAAUGGCUGGGGAACUUUAUACGUGGGGAGAUGGUACGCAUAAUGCUGGGCUUCUUGGUCAUGGCACUGAUGUCAGCCAUUGGAUACCAAAGAGAAUUUCUGGUCCUCUUGAGGGACUCCAAGUUGCCUCUGUAACUUGUGGUCCAUGGCAUACGGCCCUGGUAACAUCAACAGGGAAACUCUUCACAUUUGGCGAUGGCACAUUUGGUGUCUUAGGUCAUGGAGACAGAGAAAAUGUUGCAUAUCCGAGAGAAGUAGAAUCCCUAUCAGGGUUGAGGACAAUUUCUGUUGCAUGUGGGGUGUGGCAUACUGCUGCUGUUGUGGAGGUUAUUGCAACACAAUCUAGUGCAAGUAUUUCAUCAGGUAAAUUGUUUACUUGGGGUGAUGGAGAUAAAAAUCGUCUUGGACAUGGAGACAAGGAAGCCCGGCUUAAACCAACUUGUGUUCCAGCUCUUAUUGAUUACAAUUUUCACAAAAUUGCUUGCGGGCACAGUUUAACUGUUGGCUUGACGACAUCAGGACAUGUUUUUACAAUGGGCAGUACUGUUUAUGGUCAGCUUGGAAAUCCCAAUUCAGAUGGAAAGCUACCUUGCUUGGUAGAAGACAAGCUCUCUGGAGAUUGUAUUGAAGAAAUUGCUUGUGGUGCUUAUCAUGUAGCAGUAUUAACAUCCAGGAAUGAAGUUUAUACAUGGGGAAAGGGGGCUAAUGGGAGGUUGGGCCAUGGAGAUGUUGAAGAUCGGAAAACACCAACUUUGGUUGAAGCUUUAAAGGAUAGACAUGUGAAAUAUAUUGGUUGUGGUUCACACUAUACAGCAGCUAUUUGUCUUCACAAAUGGGUAUCUGGUGCUGAGCAGUCACAGUGCUCUUCUUGUAGACAGGCUUUUGGAUUCACAAGGAAAAGGCACAAUUGCUAUAAUUGUGGACUUGUGCACUGCCACUCAUGCAGUUCAAGAAAAGCAACAAGAGCAGCACUAGCUCCUAAUCCUGGAAAACCAUAUCGAGUGUGUGAUCCUUGUUAUGUGAAAUUGAAUAAGGUGUCAGAAAUUGGUGGUAAUAACAGAAGGAACUCUAUACCUCGCUUGUCAGGUGAGAACAAGGACAGGUUGGAUAAGGCUGACAUAAGAUUAUACAAGUCUUCUGUACCUUCUAACAUGGAUUUGAUAAAACAAUUGGAUACUAAAGCUGCCAAGCAAGGAAAGAAAGCUGAAACAUUUUCCCUUGUCCGCUCCGCUCAAGCACCUUCAUUGUUGCAAUUAAAGGAUGUUGUUAUGUCAACUGCUGUUGAUCUGCGGCGAACAGUUCCCAAACAAGUUCUUACACCAUCUGGUGUAAGUUCGAGGUCUGUAUCACCAUUCUCGAGGAGACCAAGCCCUCCUCGUUUCGCAACUCCAGUUCCUACAACAUCAGGACUUUCAUUCUCAAAAAGUAUUGCUGAUAGUUUAAAGAAAACAAAUGAACUUUUGAAUCAGGAAGUGCUAAAGUUACGCUCACAGGUUGAUAGCCUUAAAAAGAAGUGUGAGCUUCAGGAAUUAGAGCUUCAGAGUUCAUCAAAGAAAGCACAAGAAGCUAUGGCAUUGGCUGCAGAGGAAGCUGCGAAAUGUAAAGCUGCAAAAGAAGUUAUAAAGGCUCUAACCGCACAGCUCAAGGAUUUGGCGGAAAGGCUGCCAAAUGGUUUGGAGCCAAAUGGCAUUCACUAUCCAGAUGCUAAUGGAGAGCAGCAUUCAAGAUCAAAUUCGAUCAGCAGUUCUUACUUGAUUUCCUCCUUGGGAAUCGACUCUGCUACAACAAAUGGAAGUCCAGGCCCGACUCAUUCACUCAAGGAUCCAGUUGGAACGAAUGAAACUAACCUGCAACAGAAUCGGGAGCUUCUGACUUCCAAUGGGAUGGUAAAUCCCCUAGAUAAACUACCCAAUGGUGGAGCAUUUCAGGCAGUUAGUGGUAGUGUGUCAGGCACUGUUGAUGGCAAGGAAUCCGGACCUUUCCAAGAUGGGGAGAAUGAUACAAGAUCCAGGAAUUCUCCAUCAGCUGCUAAUGGUAAUACAGUUGAGGCAGAAUGGAUUGAACAAUAUGAGCCUGGUGUUUAUAUAACUCUUGUGGCUCUGCGGGAUGGAACUAGAGAUCUCAAACGAGUGCGCUUCAGCCGAAGAAGAUUUGGAGAGCACCAAGCAGAGAUUUGGUGGUCAGAGAAUCGUGAGAAAGUGUACGAGAAGUACAAUGUCCGUGGGUCAGACAAAUCUUCAGUUUCUGGCUCAGCUGCACGUAGAUCAGACGGAGCUCUCUCACCUGCAUCUCAACAAUCUUAG